AGCUUCUUCCGGGCGUCUCGCUGACUUCCAAAGGUUUAAUAUGAAUGUAAGAAGUAAUAUUUUAGGUUCUUAACUACACUUUCCCGUUUCAGGGAUAAAUAUCGCUCGUAUUUGUUUGCGUUACUAAGCGUACUUGGGGCUUGUUGCUUCGGCUGCUGUUGGUUUAAACUGCACGUUAGCGCAACAUGUCCGGGGAGGAGGCGGACAAAACAGCCACCACUGACGCCAGCGCCGGUGACGAAGAGGAGGAAUGGCUUUAUGGAGAUGAAUCAGAAAGCAAAGAGGAAGAUGAAGAACCCAAACUGGAAGCUGCUGCCAGUGCACCUGUUGAGACUUCAACAGACGAUGCUGCUGCUGUUGUUGUUGAUGUACAUGCUACGGGGAACGGAGUGGUCUCUGAGUCCCAAGGCGAAGCUGCAGGCGAGGAUGUGGAGAGCGACAGCGACAGUGAUGAUGACGACGACGAUGUCAGAGUUACCAUUGGUGACAUCAAAACUGGAGCGCCGCAAUACACGACAUAUGGCACCCCCCCUGUUAACCUCAACAUAAAGACACCAGGAUCCAGACCUUAUGGACAAGUAACUACAAAGGUGAAGGGAGUGGAUUUGGACGCACCAGGAAGCAUUAAUGGUGUUCCUGUGCUGGAGGUGGACCUGGAGAGCUUUGAAGAGAAACCCUGGAGGAAGCCAGGAGCCGAUCUGUCAGACUAUUUCAACUAUGGUUUUAAUGAGGACACCUGGAAGGCUUACUGUGAGAAACAGAAGAGGCUGCGAAUGGGCCUAGAGGUCUCUACAAUUGGCUCAGUGACCAGCAAGAUCUCUGUUCAGCAGGGCAGAACAGGAAAUGAUAAGGAUGUAUCCAGUUUGGCUGUUCACACCUCCAAGACAGACUUUACGUCUCCUGUCAGCCUCUACAAGUCUGCUGUCAGUCAGAUCACCAGGAAGACAAGUGGUACUAUUGAUGUGAUUGGUGGACAGACAGCCACAAUCAGUAGGGUUGAGGGAAGACGCAGACACAACCUAGAGGGCAACAACAUCCAGGUGAUAUCUGAACAUUCAACAUCAGAAGCUGAACCAGCCGCAGCUAAGAUUCCUACCUUCUUCCCCCCUGGACCGCUUCCUCCGAACAUACCCCCGCCUCCUUUUCUCCCUCCUCCACCAAACGUCAGCACUGCACCUCCUCUCAUACCUCCACCCAGAUUGCCCAUCACAGUUCCUCCUCCUGGUUUUCACCCUCCAACAAGCGGCCCUCCACCUUCUCUAAUUCCCACAAUGGACAGCCAUACUGGAGGCUACGAUGGUCGCUCUGUCCCACCGUACCCAUUUCCUCAAGGUGCUUACCCUCCACCCUUAACUGGAGGCGUGCCUCCUCCUUGGCCCCCCAUGGUGGACAACAGCAAACCCUGGGACUAUUAUUCCCGUCGGGAAGACAAGAGAGACAAGGAACGGGACCGGCCCAGAGAGCGAACGCAUGAGCGCGAGCGAGAGAGGGAGCACAGCCCCUCAACCAUGAGCUACACCAGGUCAGAAGGACAGAUACAACAAUGUGAUGAGGAGCGGUAUCGCUACCGUGAGUACCAAGAACGUGGUUACGCAGAGCGUCAUCGUGACCGGGCAAGUCGAGAAAAAGAGGAGAGACACAGAGAGAGGCGGCACCGAGAGAAAGAGGAGGGACGUCACAAGUCCUCUCGCAGCAGCAGCAGUCGACGGAGACACGACAGCGAGGAGGGCGACAGCCACAGGAGACACAAACACAAGAAGAGCAAGAGGAGCAAGGAGGGCAAAGAGGCUAGUGAGGAUAUGGGUGCAGAUCAGGAGAACCAGGAGGCUAUGGAGUAGCGACAACCAGCUCCUGCUUUGUCCUCAAUGUGUCCUCAUGCUGGGGAAGAGAAGGGAUGAGAUCAAUACAUCAUGUCGUUCUGCUCUCCACCGGUUUCCCUGCAUCCUCUUGUUAAACUUCACCAUCACUUCAGAAUAGAUGGAGGAGAGCAGGAGCUGAAGGGAGAGCUGCUCAUCCUUCUCAUCUUCCCCCAGUAAACAGUAGUUUCUUCACCCACCUCCAUCUUGGCCCAAACCUCCCAACAGAGCACUACGGCAGCAGUUAGGUCGUGCUCACAGAUUUCAUUGUAUAUUCUGGACCAUCAGUCUGAUACGACCUUUUUCUAUUGUUGGUUUGAUAUCCUUUUGUUCUCGUCCCAAAUUAAGACAUCUAAAAAAAAGUGCUGUCUGUUAAGUUCCAUUAAAAACACUUUUGAUAAGUC